CAAUAUUUAUUAAAUUAAAAUAUACAUCAUCAGUAUAUUAAAGAACUUUAAAGUGUGAACAUAAAAGUUAAGAAGUUCAUGACUUAAUGUUGUGUAGGAAAGAUGGCAUCCAUUUUAAUUUUUUAAACAAUAUGGAUUUCAGGGUGUUACAAUUUGUUUAACGAAGCUGUUUGAUACAUACACAAGGUAUGUCUGUUUAUGCUUCAGAGGACACCGCAAUGAUUCCUUUCCCAGACCCGUACCACUGUCCUUCUCAUCUGGAGACCUUGACCAGGAUGGAUCAAUUGUUUGUCUACAAAGAACGAACUAGAGAAGACAGUCUUGCAGAAGUUUGCUUUGGAAUAAAGCCUGCCAACAGAUAUUUUGUGAUGGAUUGCAUGGGAAACAAGGUUUUCAGUAUUCUUGAGGACAGUGAGUCUUGUGACAGGCAGUUCUAUGGUGUUGGACGUCUUUUCACAAUGAAUGUUACUGACCACUCAAAUCAGGAGGUCAUCAGAAUGGUGCACCCAGCUGUUUGUACCUUCUACAGCCAUGAGCUAGAGGUUCAGUCUCCACCGGGCACUACCAUUGGAUAUGUUCGACAAAACUGGCAUGUUUGCCUACCUAAAUUCACUCUUGAGAAUGAAAGGGGUGAACCAGCAAUCAAGAUUGUGGGACCAUGUGUAGGUUGUACCUGCUGCACAGAUGAGAACUUUGAGCUGGUGUCUUUGAAUGAAGCAGCAAUAGACAGAUCAUUUGGCAAAAUCACCAAACCAUUCUCAUGCUGUGGAUCAAAUGCAGAUUUUGUGAUCAGGUUUCCAAGCAACAUGGAUGUCAAAAUGAAAGCUACUGCACUGGGAGCAUGCAUACUUAUUGUAAGUAUUGUUAAACCUACCUUAUUUGAAACAUUAUUUAAGAGUUAUCAUCAGCUCCAUCAGUGA